AGGGGGUGGAGGAGAGAGGAAGGGAGGAGAAGAGCCUCACAAAUGUCAAACUACUUCACUUGACAGAAGAUGGACUCUGUGAGAGUCACUCUAGUAGAGAACUGAUAUUGUUUGUUAAUCAUCUGCCUGACUGCAGUUGUGCCUCUCAUCUAUUUUGGCACUACAAUGGACUCAAGUGUGAUGGAGAUAAUAGAAGAAUUCAUGGAGAGUGCAUUGGUGCACUGGGUUCAUCUCUUUGAGAAGAUGGUGGAGAUGGAAAACGGUGUCCCACUCUACAGCCAGUACAUUGACGUGAACUCCGUUUCCCAGAAUUCUCGGCACUGCUACCUCAGACUGACCAAUGGGAUUUUCCUCAACAAUGUCAUGAGGAUCAUAGACCCCAACCCAAGAGUGGAGAGGUUGUACGACAGCGACAUGGAUGACAACAUGCAGAAAAUACAGAACUUCUCCAUCUUAAAUCGACACCUCAGAGCAUUCUAUCAGGAGGACCUGCAGCAGUUGAUAUUAAUGCCUCUCCCAAAUGUCGCCAUCUUGGGCCAGGACCCCUUCACAGAGGCAGCUGUGGAAGAAAUGAGGCGCUUGCUGCUGCUCCUGCUCGGAUGUGCUGUGCAGUGUGAGCAUAAGGAGACGUUCAUUCAGCAGAUUCAGGCUUUGGACAUCGAGACACAGGCUGCGCUCGCCAUCUGCAUUCAACAGGUGACUCAGGAUCCGCGCUCUGUGCUGCCGCUUCAGUGGGAAGAGCUGCUGGAUGUGGAAGGUGCAGACCUAAAGUUGGUGUUUAGUUCCAUGGCCAAACAGAUCCAGAGUAUGCUGGCCCAGAGAGACGCACACCUGGAGCGCAUCGCGGAGUUGUGUCGGGAGCGGGAGGUCCACGCUGACUCACCAUUGGCACCCCUGGGUGGUCACAAUGACGAGCCUCCCCAAGGUCUGGCACUGCAGCUGGCAGACAGCAAGGCCAAAGUUCGCCGCCUGAAACAACAACUGGAUGAUAAAUGCGAUCAGUUAUUAGACUACAAGCAGGAGAUUCAGAUGAUGGAGGAGCAGCUCAAAAAGCUUCAGAAAAAGAACUGCUCCCUGCAGAAUGAGUCUCGGGGUCUACGUGCUCUACGGGAUGAGCUGGAUUGCACCCGUGAGAGAGCCGCGCGCUCCGAGCAGCUUCAGAAUGAGCUCCAGAGCUGUAAACACAGACUGCGCAGCCUGGAAGUGACACGCACUCAGCUCAAGGAGCAGCAGCAGCUGUGUGCAGCCCUGCAGGAGACCAAAACUCUUUUGGGAGAACAGCUGGCCGAUGCUCGGGCUCGAUGCUCCACACUGAGGGAGCUGGAGAGGGACAACCUGAUUCUGCGUCACCGGAUUAUAGACGUAGAAGCGGAGCGCGAGACCGAGAGGCAGCGUCUUGACGAGCUACUGGAGCUGAACAUGAGCCUUGAAGCGGACCUGCGGCAGUGUGGUGGCAGCAGUAAUGCUGGGAUUCCUGCGCCGGACUUCCUCCAAUCAGAGGAGGAUUCUGACAAGGAGCUGAGCGAGCUGAUUGACCAGAAACCUUUGAGUGUGGAAGUGGGCGAGGCCUCGACACUCAGGCUGCUGGGAGCAGAGCAAGAGAAUGCGAGGCUGAGAAGACGUUUGGAGGAGCUACAGGCUCAGCAGGAGUUUCACAACCUGAAGAAUGAAAAUGCCACUUUGAAGCUGCGGCUGGAGGAGCUAAUGGCCAACCUGCAGCACACACCAGACAAGCUAGAAGGAAUGAAGCGGUUGGACAGGGAGUACAGGGAUAAUGGCGACAGGGCUGAAUCCUGCAGGGGAGAGGGGGAAGGGAUGGUGAGGUUGAUGGAGGAGAAGGAGCGGAGACGGGAACUCAUUGUGACGCAAAGGGAAGCAGGGGUCGGGGAAGAGGUUCUCCAUGUUGCAGGAGAGACAGCAGAACCGUGUGAUGAGGCGGUGCAUCCCAAAAGAAGAGAAGAAGCAGAGGGUGACCACAUCGACAUUCAGGAGGAAAAUGAGUUGAAUGCAGAAACGUCCGCAUUGGACAUCCAAAAUAAAAGAACUCAACAAGAAACCGCAACUAUAGAACAGGCUGUGUGCGGGUUUUCUGGUGCUGAUGCUGCUUUGACAAAGUGUCUCCACGAGGCCCAAGAAGAGGCUGACAGGCAGGCCGUGGUGGCCCAGGACCUGCGGUCCAAGCUGAGUGUGCAGAGCAGGAAGAUGUGGGAGGCUGAGCAGAGGCUGACGCUACUGGAGGCCGAGGUGCAACACCUGAGGAAAACCGCAGAGAAUCUCGGGGAGGCCCGAAGGCAGAUUGAGGUUCUACAGUCUGAGGCCGGGGCUAUGGAGGAGGAACUUUGCCGCCUGCGGAGUCAAGCGGAGUUUCACAGCAUGCAAACGACAGUCAUCGCCAGCCUGGAGGGAGAACGGGCGGCACUGGAGAGAGACAGGGACAUGCUACGUGGCACAGUGGAUGCCCUCCGUGCUGCCCAGCGCAAGAGCGAACAACUCGCAUUGACCAGUCAGACACUCAAGGCCGAGUUGGAACGUCAGGGUCGCGCUUUGGAGACCUCUCGCCGCCGGGAGGAGGAGUUGGAGGCGGAGGUUCGUGACGCUAGUCUGGAGACUCAAACCACGGCCCGGGCCCGGGACCAGGCGCUGCUGGACGUGUCACGUUUGGAGCAAGAGAAAGAGGCAUGCCAGUCGGAGCUGGAUGGCCUGCGGAAGGAAGCGAGGCAGCGGGAAAGAGAGACGGCUAGACUCAGACAGCAGCUGGAGAGUACCAAUGUGGCGCUGGAACACAGCAACCAGAGGGUGAGAGCCUUGGAUGCUGAUCACAGGGGCGUGUGUCAGGAACUGUCUGAGUCGAAAGAGCUCUGCACUCGCCUGCAGGAGCUGGAGCGAGACCUCAGCACUCGAUUUAGCAGCCUGGAGGAGAGUAAACAGCAGCUUGAGGAGCAGUACACAGACGCACAGGCCAAGAAUCGAUCACUGUUGCAGAAUCUGUCCAGCGAGCAGACUCGUUCUCACAAUCUUACCUCUGAAGUCCAGCACCUGAGCCAGAAGCUCCAAAAAGCUGAAACUCAACUCAAACUGACAACGGACACUCUCAACCAAUCACGGGACAGAACACAGCCACCCGCCUGCUCUCUGAAAGAAGAUGAGCCUCACCUCCAGUUGGGGAAGACGGAUGAGGAUUGUGCACUUCAAUCCUCAAGCCAAACUCACGGUUGUCAGACGGACCAGCGGGAGCCAUCGAUGCCGGACAAAGACAAAGGUCACGACCUUUCUGUGUCGCCCCGUAAUACUACAGCCCAGACGGAGAGGCAGCUCACUCUCAGGUUGUUGGAGCUGGAAAAAGAGAGAGCCGUGGCGCUUGCAGGACAGGAGGCUUUGUUGUCGCGUCUGUCCCAGUCCCGGGAGACGUGUGAGCACCUGAGGGAGCAGCUGGAGGCGCUACGGCGACACUCGCUCAGCCUGCAGGACUCGUGUACCCGACUGCAGACGCUCAACACUCAGCUACAGGUGGAACAAGCAACUCUAAACUCCCAGCAUGCAGCGGUGCUGGCACGCCACAGCGAAAGCGAUGCCCGGUGCGCGGCACUGGAGGCGGAGUCACAGGUUUGGGCUCGGGAGCGGGAGGAGUCGGCCGCCAGGGCGGAGACCCUCAGGCGGGACCACGAGCGACUGACGGCGCUGCAGCAACGCCAGGAGACGGAGCUGGAGGAGCUUUUAGACAAACACUCGCGCCUACGGAGUAGCAGCCGCAGUCUGGAGGCACAACACAGGGAGCUGGAGGCCAGCUACAAAGAGCUGCUGGAUGCUAAAAGCCAGCUUGAGGAAAGGGAGCGAGAGAUGAAAAUGGAGAAGGAGGAGAUGGAAGCAGAAGCCCAGAGUCGACUGGAGCAAGAACGAGAGGUGGAGAGGCUUAAAGAAGACAGCGAGAGGCUCCAGGCCCAACAUAAAGAAUUGGUCGCGUCCCAAGCAGAGCUGCUGGCUCAGGGCUCCUUGUUGAGGGAGGAGCUGAGCGCCUCCCUACUGGAGAGGACUCGCCUGGAGGGGGAGCUAAACACCGUGAGGGAAGCCAACCAAAGUUUGGACCUCAGCAACGCCCGCCUCACCAGCCAAUUUCAGCUACUAACCCAGCUCAAGGGGAACAUGGAGGAGGAGAACCACAAUUUAGUCGAACAGAACCGCAGUCUGAUGAUGGAGAACCGGGCGCUACUGGAACAGAGCCUGGAGCGCCGUGACCAGCACUAUACGCAGCAGAAAGAAUAUCAGGAGAAGCUGAGCGAGCUCCGUCGGGAGAAGCAGAAGUUGGUGGAGAAGAUUAUGGACCAAUACAGAGUUCUGGAGCCCAACGUGCAACCUUCACAGUGGAAGGCCAAGAAAUCGAACUGGAUUGCAGACCAAAUGAAGAAGCUCAUCAAACCCCGCGGAGGAGGUCGAGAGGGACGCAGCCUCUUCAUGGCUGCUGGCAGCGUGGAGAACCUGGAUGACAGAGCCCAAUUCACAUCAGACACACCUCAGCGUGAUCUUUGCAGUGCUCCAGGUUCGCCAUGUCCCUCGAGAAAAGCUACGGAGAUUUCGUCACCCACUAAUCUGGUCCCACGCUCCGGCUCUGGGGGUCGUCGUAAACUGGGAUCCCGUCACGGUUGGGCUUUGACCAGAGGUGGUGCCGGAGUUUCUCAAUCCUUCAGUCCGGGCGACCAGAAGACCCCACCUCGUCUCCGCCUGCUUUCCGGUCAGACCACCUCCAAAGUCCUCUGGGAGAGCGAGAGCGGCGAAACAAGCGCACCACAGCAGGCAGCGGAGGGCAAAGUGAACAGUCCGGAGAGCUCUGAGGAGAAGACAAACGGAGAUCAACUUUCCAGCAAUGGCACAUGAAAAAGACUCAUAGACUCACUCGACUCAGUUUAUAUGGAUGGAACAAUUGCACUCACACAUUGUUUUAAGGCAUCGCAUUGUCAAGUUUACCAUUUUGAAUAAAGUGAAUAUUCUUCA